AUGCUGAAUCCUUGUGACUUGCAAAUCCACAUUAAUGAUGAGGAGAUAUUCCUUUUGAACAAGAAGUUAAUAUCAAAAUACUGUGGAAGAAUGAAGAAACUCUUGAAUUAUGAAAAGAGAAGAUGUCAUGUCAAGAAACUGAGCAUUGAAAUCAAUGAUUUCCCCGGAGGGCCAGAAGGGUUUGAGAUGGUUUCAAGAUUCUGUUACAAUCAUGGCAAAAUCCCUUUCAGUGUAUCCAAUGUGCUUAUCCUCCAUUGUUGUGCCCUUUAUCUUGAAAUGACUGAAGAGGUCUUAAGCAACAAUCUCUUACUACAAACAGAAACCUUUCUUGAGGGAAUCUAUUACUGGACAUGGAAUGAAAUACUUGCAAGUCUUAAGAAUUGUGAGCUUUUUUAUACAUAUGCAGAUAGCUAUGGUCUCUUAGAGAAGAUCAUUUGUGCACUCUUAGAAAAGAUUGCUCAAAAUUCUGAUGGAAACCUUCUCAUUUUCCCAUCUUCAUCAUCCCCAUCUUCUCCUGAAAGCAAUUCUGCCAAGAGAUUCUCUUCUUCAACCCAAAUUACUCCAAAGACAAUCAAGUCAACUUUGCCAAACAAAGCAUGGUGGUUUGAGGAUUUGGCUACUUUACCCUCAAAGAUCAUUGAGAAGUUUCUUCACAGUAUUGGGGCUUAUAAAACAAACAACAAGAACUUAAUUAUCACAAGAUUUCUGCUUCAUUAUCUGAAGACAGUGACUCCAACAAGAGAGGUUAGUUGCAAAAACAGUAGUGAGUAUGCUGGUCUUGCAGAAACUGCUGCUUAUGGGGUAAUGUUUGUUGGUAAUCAGAGUUUUUCUUGCAGAGGCCUUUUUUGGGUAUUAAGGAUUGUAUCUAAGUUUGGAAUGAGUAGAGAUUGUAGAAUUGAAAUGGAGAAAUUGAUUGGUGGCAUGCUUGAGCAAGCAACUUUGGAUGAUCUACUAGUCUCUGGGGAUCAUAUGGGACUUUGUUAUGAUGUUAAUUUUGUUAUAAGAUUGAUUCAACUAUUUGCUGAUUUCAAUGGCUCUGAUGGGGUGAAACUGAAAAAAGUUGGUAGAUUAAUUGACAAGUAUUUGACAGAGAUAUCCCCUGAUCAGAACCUCAAGAUCUCUAAAUUUCUUGGAGUUGCAGAAUGUUUGCCUGACUCUGCCAGAGAUUGUUUUGAUGGGGUCUACAAAGCCAUUGACAUCUAUCUUGAGUCCCAUCCAAUGGUCACAUUUGAGGAUAGGUCAAGAUUAUGUAGAUGUCUUAAUUACAAUAAACUUAGCUUUGAAGCUUGCAAGGAUCUUGCCAAGAACCCCAGAAUACCUCCAAGGAUUGCAAUGCAGGCUCUUAUUUCUCAACAAACAAAAAUGACAUCAAUUGACUGUGCAAUUGAUGAAAGUGAAAUCAUGGACCCUUCACAAAUCAUUUUGUACUAUGAAGCCAACACAGACAGUUUCUUGGAAGAGAAGGAUGAUAUGAAACUAAACCUACAGAGAAUGCAAUGGAGAGUAAGAGAAUUGGAAAAGUUAUGCAGGGAUAUGAAGGUUCGGAUGUCAAGUUUCCCUAGCCAUAAUGUCUUGCUUAAUCCUUCUCGUGUCCCAAGAUUUUGUUAA